AUGCAGUUUCGUCUCUUCUCCUUUGCCCUCAUCAUCCUGAACUGUAUGGAUUACAGCCACUGCCAAGGCAAUCGAUGGAGACGCAGUAAGCGAGCUAGUUACGUAUCAAAUCCCAUUUGCAAGGGCUGUUUGUCUUGUUCAAAGGACAAUGGGUGCAGCCGAUGUCAACAGAAGUUAUUCUUCUUUCUUCGAAGAGAAGGCAUGCGCCAGUAUGGAGAGUGCUUGCAUUCCUGCCCAUCUGGAUACUAUGGACACCGAGCCCCAGAUAUGAACAGAUGUGCAAGAUGCAGAAUAGAAAACUGUGAUUCUUGCUUUAGCAAAGACUUUUGUACCAAGUGCAAAAUAGGCUUUUAUUUGCAUAGAGGCCGUUGCUUUGAGGAAUGUCCAGAUGGUUUUGCACCUUUAGAUGAAACCAUGGAAUGUGUGGAAGGAUGUGAGGUUGGCCAUUGGAGUGAAUGGGGAACUUGUAGCAGAAAUAAUCGCACAUGUGGAUUUAAAUGGGGUCUGGAAACUAGAACACGGCUUGUUAAAAAGCCAGCAAAAGAUACGAUACCAUGUCCAACCAUUGCUGAAUCCAGGAGAUGUAAGAUGGCCAUGAGGCAUUGUCCAGGAGGGAAGAGAGCUCCAAAGGCAAAGGAGAAAAAGAACAAGAAGAAGAAGAGGAAGCUGAUUGAUAGAGCCCAGGAGCAACACAGCGUCUUCCUAGCUACAGAUAGAGCUAAUCAGUAA